CAGGCUCCAUGCACCGGGGGCCCGACGUGGGAUUCGAUUCCGGGUCUCCAGGAUCGCGCCCUGGGCCAAAAGCAGGCGCUAAACCGCUCCGCCACCCAGGGAUCCCCCGCGUCUCUUUUUAAAAUGGGAGCCUGCCCCUUUAAGGACGCCGCGCUCGGCGGCUGAAGUAGCUAGGACUUCCGGACAUGCGCAGAGCGUUGUGCCCGGGAUUCCUUAACCUGCAGCUGAGGUAGACCGGGUCGAGCUUCUCGCAGGAUGUGGGGCUUCUGUGGGCGGGGGGCGAGGAUGAGGGUCGUAGCGUUGGGACCCUGACUUUGUGCCCGCGAGAGGAAGGCGACUUGGGCUAGUAUGGGCUUUGGGGCAGGGGGGGAAGGGGAGGGAGAAGCUGGAGGAGCGGCGGGCCGGGCGGGGCCGGGGGGCUCCUGAUGCGCGGGAAGGCCACACCGCGGCCGCCGGGAGCCCGGAGUUGUGCGAAUCGGUGACCGAAAGCGCGUAGGAGUGAGUUCAGCCGAGCGCUGCUGUUUGAAGGACGAGCACGAGGGAGGAAGCUCUGCCUGCUGCGUUCCCAGCGUCUCCCCAGAAUUUGCCGUCAGCCUGCGUUAUCCCCCAGCCCGGGGCCAGCCCACCUGCCUCCUGUCCUCCUGCCCCUCCGCCUCGCUGUCCCGGCGGCAGCCGGCUGCUCAGCGUCACUGCGUCUUGGUGCCGGACUCCACGUGGGCGCCUUGGGCCGCUCUCACGAGGUGCUGGUCGUAAGCCCCUGAGCCUUGCGUUCUUCCCGAGGGGGUUCUACGUCACCCGCAGCUCAGGAUGCCUUCCUGUCUUCUUCCUUUGCCUGCAGAAGGCCUGGGUCGUUUUCCUCACCGGGCGCAUCCCUGCUCUUGACCACGUGGCUUUCCAACUCUUGGAAGAUCUUCAUCGCGUUCACCUGCUCAGGGCCGUCGUUCAUCUUACUAAGACGUCUUUUUGGAGUGUGUGUGUCAUUUUCCUGCUCAAACACCUCCAGUAGCUGUAUAUUGAUCACCCAGCGGUUUCUUUCUUUUUUAUUCAAAGCUUUUAUUUAUUUAUUCAUGAGAGACGCAGAGAGAGAGGCAGGCUCCGUGCCGGGAGCCCGAGGUGGGGCUCGAUCCCGGGUCUCCAGGGUCACGCCCUGGGCCGAAGGCGGCGCUAAACUGCUGAGCCCCCCCUGGGCUGCCUACCCUCAGUGGUAUCUAAGAUCUUGGCAUUGUUAUUUAAGGAUGGAAGAGGAUACAGAUUUUAGAAUCAGGUUUAGUUCUUUGGGUUUCAUUACUGAUCACAUUGGAUUUCGUGGCACUAUAAAAAGCUCACCAAGUGACUUCGUUGUUAUAGAGAUUGAUGAGCAAGGACAGCUAGUUAAUAAGAGCACCAGUGGCCUGAUUAAUAAAGUACUACCUGAGCCAAAUAAUUUUGCCAAAAAAACAAAACUUGAUUUUCAAAAUAUAUCCUGUCAAGAGGGCAGCAACCAAGAAGUCAAUACUUUCACCAAGUGCUCUGAUGAUGACCAAAAUCAUCAGUCUGGUUCAGAAAAGGAAGAUACUAUCAAUGAUGGAACUUCCAAAGGUGAAGAAGAAAAAGUUCAUGUUUUAGGCAACUUGUUAGAUGAAAAAACUAAUGACUUACUGACUCACUUUGCCUUUGACAUAAAAGAGAAGUGGAAUUCUAAGACUGAGCUCAUUGGAUCAUCUCCUGAAUUCUCAUUAGGCAGGAUCCUUGACAAGAACCAGAGAGCUAUUUUGCAUAGUGCCGUCAGGCAGAAAUUCCCCUUUUUAAUAACUGUAGGUAAAAACAGUGAGAUUGUUGUAAAACCAAAUCUUGAGUAUAAGGAACUCUGUCACUUGGUAUCUGAGGAAGAAGCACUUGACUUUUUUAAGUAUUUGGAUGCAAAGAAAGAAAAUUCCAAAUUUACCUUUAAACCCGACAUGAACAAAGAUCACAGAAAAGCUGUCCAUCAUUUUGUCAACAAAAAAUUUGGAAACCUUGUGGAGACCAAAUCUUUCCCUGAACUCAAUUACAAUGCUGCUAAUCCAAACAUAGCAAUAACAGUAAGAUUCCGGGAAAAGAAACACAAGCACAGGAAGAGGUCUCUUUUUGAAUGCCAAGAUCAAAAAGUUAUAUACACAGCUUUUACCUUACGAAAAGAAAAUCUGGAAAUGUUUGAAGCGCUUGGAUUUUUAGCUAUCAAACUUGGUGUGAUUCCUUCAGAUUUCAGUUAUGCAGGCCUUAAAGACAAGAAAGCCAUCACUUAUCAAGCAAUGGUUGUUAGAAAAGUGUCUCCAGAGAGGUUGAAGAAUAUUGAAAAAGAAAUUGAAAAGAAACGAAUGAAUGUGUUUAAUAUUCGAUCUGUGGGUGAUUCCCUUAGACUUGGUCAGCUCAAAGGAAAUCACUUUGAUAUUAUCAUCAGAAAUGUAAGAAACCAAAUAAAUGAUUCUACAAACCUGAGAGAGAGAAUUUUGGAGGCAAUAGAAAAUGUUAAGAAUAAGGGGUUUGUAAAUUAUUACGGACCACAGAGAUUUGGAAUGGGAAGGAAAGUUCACACCGACCAGAUUGGAUUGGCUUUGCUGAAGAGUGAAAUGGUGAAGGCUGUAAAAUUAUUUCUUACACCAGAAGACUUGGAUGAUCCUGUGAAUAGAGCAAAGAAAUAUUUUCUUCAAACUGAGGAUGCAAAAGGCACACUUUCAUUGAUGCCUGAAUUCAAAGUUCGAGAGAGAGCACUGUUGGAGUCAUUGCAUCGCUUUGGCAUGACUGAGGAGGGUUGUAUCCAGGCGUGGUUUUCUUUUCCCCAUUCUAUGCGCAUAUUCUACAUUCAUGCAUAUAGCAGCAAAAUUUGGAAUGAGGCAGUAUCUUACAGACUUUCAACUUAUGGAUCAAGAGUAGUAGAGGGUGAUUUGGUCUGUUUGGAUGAAGAUAUUGAUGAUGAACACUUCCCAAGUAGUAAAGUUCAUCUAGUAACUGAAGAAGAGGAGUCAGCUAGCACAUAUGCGAUACAUCAGGUGGUUCUUCCAGUGCUUGGAUACAACAUUCAGUACCCAAAGAACAAAGUUGGGCAGUGGUACCAGGACACACUUAGCAGAGAUGGACUACAGACGUGUAGGUUUAAAGUACCGACUCUAAAACUCAAUGUUCCAGGAUGCUAUAGACAGAUAUUGAAACAUCCCCAUAAUGUUUCAUACCAACUAAUGGAAGAACAUGAUACUGAUGUCAAAACUGAAGGUUCCCACAUUGAUGAAACAACUUUAUCUCUUCAGAUCUCUUUCGAUCUUGACGCUUCCUGUUACGCAACAGUGUGUCUGAGGGAGAUAAUGAAGCAUGACUUUUAGAAUCACUACCCUUGCUAUAAUCAUAUAUAUAUGUGUCACUAUUUAAAAGAAAGGGAGCUAAAAUUUCUCGAGCACUUGCCACAUGCUAGAAGCCUUACAAUUGUUAGCUCCUGUAAUUACAAAACAUCCUGAUGAAGUAGGAAUUUUCAGAUGUUCUAGAAGACAUAUAGCUAGUAAGCAUCUGAACUUAAGACCCCAAAGCCUUUGUUCUUUCUAUUAUCUAAUGUUUCAGUCAUCUUUAUUCUGUGCUACAAAAUUUGUAAUCUUCUUUUACUAUUCAGGACAAAUAAUCCUACAAGAUAACAUGUAAGAAAAAAAAACAUGUUUGGAAUAAUGUUUAUAUCCUCUAGCUCCUUGCUUAGAAUGUAGAGGAAACUAGACUAUGGUGAAAGCACAUGGUUGGAGAGAAAGCGAAAUGAAGCAUUUUAUUAAUUAUUAUUGUCAUUCUUUUCUGUUUUUGAAAUUAUUGAUCAGAAUAAUUUCAUGGAGGGAAAUGUAAUCCCUCUAUUUAUGAUAGCUACCUGAGGGUAGUUUACCUCCUUUAUGAGAUAAAUUAUCUUCAGUGAAGAUUGAAAUAAAAUUUUUUGUACAAUUUAUUUAUCUCAACAUACAUUGACCCUCUUGACUUUUUUGUGAUUAUUAUUUUUUUAAAGAUUAUAUUUAUUCAUGAGAGACAGAGAGAGGGGCAGAGACACAGGCAGAGGGAGAAGCAGGCUCCAUGCAGGGAGCCCGAUGUAGGACUUGAUCCCAGGUCUCCAGGAUCACGCUCUGGGCCGAAGAUGGCAUUAAACCGCUGAGCCACCCAGGCUUCCUUCUUUGUGUGAUAUUUUUGUCUGCUAUCUAAAACCUAGAUUUUAGAGUUGGGGUUUAGAUCGGGGAGGGAUGGCAUAUAUUGAUCAGGAAAGUCUAACAUUCUUUCAUCACUGGUAGUAUAACAUGAUGAAAUUUAAAAAGCAGUAUAAAACAUUAUAUGUCAGUAAUGUGCUUUUAUAUACUCAAGUCAAACUAUUUUGGGUAUAGUAACAUCAGGAAAUAAAAUUCAAAAGAAGGAAAAAAGUUAUAUGCAAUGUAAAAUUGGCUCAUUGCAACAUUUUUAUAUAAAAUGAAAGAAACGAUAAAUAGUUUGAAAAUCCAGCAUCAGACAAAAGUAAGUAGAAUGAGGUGUAUCACCUUCAUGGCAAAACAUGUAGUUAUUAAAAGUGAUGAUACGGAUCCCUGGGUGGUGCAGAGGUUUGGCGCCUGCCUUUGGCCCAGGGCGUGAUCCUGGAGACCCGGGAUCGAAUCCCACAUCAGGCUCCCGGUGCAUGGAGCCUGCUUCUUCCUCUGCCUAUGUCUCUGCCUCUCUCUCUCUCCCUGUGUGACUAUCAUAAAUAAAUAAAAAUUAAAAAAAAAAAUAAAUAAAAGUGAUGAUAGAAGUUUAGGUAUGCAAGAAAAUGUUGCCUCUCAAAACCAGAACAGAGAUAUUAUAGAUGCAGUAUGCACACUAUGCACACCGAAUGCAGCUUUUAUAAAGAGGCAUUUUAGCAUUGUGACUAAAAGCACAGUUACUACAGAAAAACUCCCCAAGUUUGAACUGUGGCUCUGCCACAUAGCAUGUGGCCUUGGACUAGUUAUUGAAGCUUUCUGUGCCUUGGUUUCAACAUCUAUGAAAUGAGAAUGGUAUUAUACCUACCAUUAUUAUUGUGAGGAUUCACCAAGUUCAGGUAUUUACCAAAGCAGCUUGGAAAAGUACCUUCUACUUAGUUAUUGUUAAAUAAGUAUCCACAGAUGCAACGUUGGACAGAAAGGGAAAGAAUAUGAAAAUCAGUUUCUUUUUUUGUCAUUGUUUAUUUUAAUAAUAAAUGAAUCUCAGAACACAAAAAUUAGACUUUGUAGUACCAUUGGAUUUUUAAACUUAACCUUUGUCAUCUUACUACUUACUGAAAAUAAAAUGCUAUAUUAAGUGGUAAAAUAUUUAGAAAAAAUAUGCCAUUUCAUAUGGUAAAUUAUAUCCUGCAAAUGUAAUCAGAAAGUGAAUUAUGUAAAUUCUUAAAUUCUAGGUGUCUUUUAAAUGUUAAGUAGUAAUUAGUAAAUAUGAAAGUAUUAAAAUGUGCUAUCAUUGAUAUUUUCUUUGCCUGUAGAUGGCACUAUAAUUUUAGAGAUCUUAUUUAUUUAUGUAAAUACUUUAGCCACAUGUAAAGAAAGCAUCACUAAACUUAUUGGAAGUCACCAUAAAAUGUGCUCAGAUACUG